GAUACAGCCAUAGCUUACCAUUCGGUGUGUCUUGCAGAUAUUUCAGCAUCAUAAUCUUGGUGGAAUCACUCCUCUCUCGCCCUCAAAUUCAUAUUCAUUCUGAUACGUAUCCGGAUCCGGAUCCGGAUCAACUUAAUACUGCUGCGGUAUGACUACAUAUACACCAAAGAACAUUCUCAUCACUGGGGCUGCUGGCUUUAUUGCCUCUCAUGUCGCUAACAGGCUUAUCAGAAGCUACCCAGAUUACAAGAUUGUUGUGCUCGACAAGCUUGAUUAUUGCUCAAAUCUUAAGAAUCUUAACCCCUCUAGAUCUUCUCCCAACUUCAAGUUUGUUAAGGGGGACAUUGGGAGUGCUGAUCUGGUCAAUUAUCUCCUGAUUACCGAAUCCAUUGAUACCAUAAUGCACUUUGCUGCUCAGACUCAUGUUGACAAUUCAUUUGGAAACAGCUUUGAGUUCACAAAGAACAACAUUUAUGGCACCCAUGUGCUUCUAGAGGCAUGUAAAGUCACUCGCCAGAUUAGAAGGUUCAUCCAUGUGAGCACGGACGAGGUGUAUGGGGAAACAGAGGAGGAUGCUGUUGUGGGUAACCAUGAAGCCUCACAACUUCUGCCUACAAACCCAUAUUCGGCCACAAAAGCUGGGGCAGAAAUGCUUGUUAUGGCUUAUGGUCGGUCGUAUGGCUUGCCUGUGAUUACCACCAGAGGAAACAACGUUUAUGGCCCAAAUCAGUUCCCAGAAAAACUAAUCCCUAAGUUCAUUCUCUUGGCCAUGAGAGGCAAGCCACUUCCGAUCCACGGUGAUGGUUCUAAUGUGAGGAGUUAUCUCUACUGUGAAGACGUUGCUGAGGCUUUUGAAGUCAUUCUCCACAAGGGAGAAGUUGGUCAUGUUUACAACAUAGGAACUAAGAAGGAAAGGCGAGUUAUUGAUGUUGCCAAAGAUAUGUGCAAUCUUUUCAAGAUGGAUCCUGAAGCAAGCAUCAAAUUUGUGGAGAACAGGCCAUUUAAUGAUCAGAGGUACUUCUUGGAUGACGAGAAACUGAAGAGCUUGGGUUGGUCUGAAAGGACCACAUGGCAAGAGGGUCUCAAAAAGACCAUGGAAUGGUAUACUAGCAAUCCUGAUUGGUGGGGAGAUGUCUCUGGAGCACUUCUUCCUCAUCCAAGAAUGCUAAUGAUGCCUGGUGGAGUCGAGAGAGUUAUUGAUGUACCUGAAAACGUUCAAUCUGAUUCACCUCAUGCAGCAGUCAAUUCUUCUCAGAUCCGAAAGAUGGUCCCUGCUUCAAAAAGUAGUACCAACUCUCCUAAUAAACCAUCUUUCAAGUUUCUUAUCUAUGGUAGGACAGGAUGGAUCGGAGGUUUACUUGGGAAGUUGUGUGAGAAACAAGGAAUCCAAUACGAGUAUGGUAAGGGUCGUUUGGAGGAUCGAUCACAKAUUCUAGCUGAUAUCCAGAAUGUUAAGCCCACCCAUGUUUUCAAUGCUGCCGGUGUCACUGGCAGACCCAAUGUUGAUUGGUGCGAAUCUCACAAGACAGAAACAAUCCGUACCAAUGUCUCUGGCACGCUCACUUUAGCAGACGUGUGCAGAGAACAUGGGAUCUUGAUGAUGAAUUUUGCAACUGGAUGCAUAUUCGAAUAUGAUAUUGCACAUCCUGAAGGUUCAGGCAUUGGUUUCAAGGAAGAAGACACACCCAAUUUCACUGGUUCCUUCUAUUCUAAAACCAAGGCUAUGGUUGAGGAGCUGUUAAAAGAAUACGACAAUGUGUGUACCUUGAGAGUCCGAAUGCCAAUAUCAUCAGACCUCAACAACCCUCGAAACUUUGUGACCAAGAUUGCUCGUUACGAUAAAGUAGUCAACAUUCCCAACAGCAUGAGCAUCUUGGAUGAGCUCUUACCGAUAUCCAUUGAAAUGGCAAAGAGAAACCUGAAAGGAAUCUGGAACUUCACAAACCCGGGGGUGGUGAGCCAUAACGAGGUCCUGGAGCUGUACAAACAAUACAUAAAUCCAGAAUUCAAAUGGGCAAACUUCACGCUGGAAGAACAAGCCCGAGUGAUAGUAGCCCCACGGAGCAAUAACGAGCUGGAUACAUCCAAGCUGAAGAAAGAGUUCCCGGAACUGCUAUCGAUCAAAGAAUCGUUGAUCAAGUACGUAUUCGAACCCAACAAAAAGGCCUAGAUAGCUAGUAAGGAUUUUGUAAACCUGAAAUGCUUAUUACAAUUAUUACUAUUAUGUGUGGGUUAUAUAGAUGUGUAAUGCAAAUUAUAGCUGUUGGAUGUUUCUAUAAGUAGUAGCAGGACGAAUAGAAGGCUUCUAUCUGUUGUUAUUUCUUGUUUGACUUAUUUAUCUACACAACAACUUGUUAUACCAAAUGAUUCUAUAUAUACAUUGUUCUCUUUUCUCAAA